CUCACCAUGAGCUGCCACAACGGCUCCGAGCUCCAGGUCUUUAGCAGCUCCGGCCAGCUGUUCCUGCAGCCUUUCUGGGACCGCGUGAAGACCUGGGAGGCGCUCACUCGGUCCCCCUUCUUCCCGGUGGUCUUCUCCAUCACCACCUACAUGGGAUUCUGCUUGCCCUUCGUGGUGUUGGACGUCCUGUAUCCCUGGGUGCCCGCGUUGCGGCGCUACAAGAUCCACCCAGAGUUUUUGCCGUCUGCACUGCAGCUGCUGCCCUGCCUGGGGCAGACGCUCUACCAGCACGUGGUGUUCGUGUUCCCGGUGACUCUGCUGCAUUGGGCCCGCACCCCCGCGCUGCUGCCGCCCGAAGCCCCCGAGCUGCUGGAGCUGGUGCGCCAUGUCGUGUUCUGCUUGCUGCUCUUCGACACCGAAGUCUUCGUGUGGCACGUGCUGCACCACAAGGUGCCUUGGCUGUAUCGCACCUUUCACAAGGUGCACCACCAGAACUCGUCCUCGUUCGCGCUGGCGACGCAGUACAUGAGCAUCUGGGAACUGUUUUCCUUGGGAUUCUUUGACAUAGUGAACGUCACGCUGCUUGAGUGCCACCCGCUCACUAUCCUCACCUUCCACGUUGUCAACAUCUGGCUGUCGGUGGAGGACCACUCAGGCUAUGACUUCCCGUGGUCCACUCACAGACUGGUGCCUUUCGGAUGGUAUGGAGGCGUGGCACACCACGACCUUCAUCACUCUCAAUUUAACUGCAACUUUGCUCCUUACUUCACACACUGGGACAAAAUACUGGGCACUCUGCGGCUUGCGCCACUCCCAGCUAGGUUGUGUGGCUGUGACAGAUGUCCUUCAGACCAGGGACUGCGGUGCAUUUUGCACUUGAAUCAGGAGAAAAACACCUGA